CUCUCUCUCUCUCUCUCUCUCUCUCUCUCUCUCUCUCUCUCGCUUCAGCGUCGUUAUCGUUCUCAUCCGCACGAAGCAUAAACGGUAUCAGCAGUCCAGUUAACACCGGCGAUCAUUCAGCUUCGCCGAUCCAUUUCGACGCGAAACAUAACGAUUGCCUAUAAGUGAAAAACAAUCGAGGAUAUCACGUGUUCGGACGCCAGCAAAGGAAGCAUUAUGACAAACGCACGGCCGUAUCGAUGAUAAACAUGAGAGCAUUGGUUUUCAUUUUCUGGAUGCUAGUCUUCAGAUCAAUCUUGACUGCUUCUUUCGUAUACGCCGAGGAUCAAACGAGCGACGAUGAUUCGAGCCGAACUGUGGAAGGGAUCGUGAUCGAACGAACGAUCGCGAAACCUCUCCUCCCCUCGUUUGGAAAUAAGAGAAACGACGAGGACAAGGAGGAGACGUUUCCAACGAGACACGCGAAGCACCGGAAGCGACGUCGUUGUAGUAAGAACCGAUCGAGCUGCUCCCGAGGGAGUCUGACGACAAAAUUGGUCCCCCCAGGACGCAACGAUACGAAAGAUCGAGACGUCGUCAAUGCGGUGUUGGAAGUCGAGGAGGAGCCGCGAGAACGACUGAUUCUUGAGUUAUACAACGAGACCAAGGUGGAAGACUAUGAUGUUAGUAAAAACAACGAGGAGAGGGACAACGUCGGCGAUCUCUCCGCGUUCGAGUUGACGGAUUCUUACGGCGGUCGUGUACUUCAAGACGAGAUCGAACUAGAGGACACAAUUACGCCCUCCUGGGAGGACACUUCGUCGAAGAAGCAAGAGAUCGACAAGGACAACGGUUACUCGGACAUCUACGCGGACAUCGACGACCAAGUAACGUUCCACGAGAGCUUCGGCGUUUUGUUGACCAAAUUGUUUCAAAGCUUGCGAAAUGCUUCCGUCGCAAACGGCCGGGACAUCCUCAAAGAGUUGAAUUUCGUGAACACUACGAACGAAGACCCUUGCCAGAAAUGGCUGAACAGCAGGGACAAGCUCGAGAAAGUUUUUUUAGGUGGCCUGGCUUCGUUGCCCGCCUGUCCGUGCCAAUACCCGAGCAACAUCUUUUACGACGACAAGAUAUGGGACGAGAGGCAGAGGCGGUACUUUAGGUGGCGGGACGUGAGCGGUGAUUCGCAAAGGCUCGACGUCUACAAGCCGGGAGCUGCUUACUGCGUGCGUUCAUUGCUGACGCAAGAAAGCGGAAGCGCGGCCGCUCAGCACUGCUGUUACGAUCGCAAGAGGAAACUCGUGACCCGCGGUUCCGGCGCCGGGACUCCCAACUUCGUCAGUCCAGAGAUAUCCGCCAUAUUGCACGAGAGGAUCGACGUGCUACCGUGGAGACUGUGCAAGGGAGAUUUUUCCAGGUACAACAGAGUGAGACCACCAAACAACGACAACGGCUGCGAGGCGAAUCCCGACGACGAGGAAUACCAGAGACAGAUAGACGAUAAGAAGUACUACUAGCGAUUAAGUUUUCUUUCUUUAUUUUGAUAUUUGCGAUACUUUUAAGUAUAGACCUACGAUCAUGCACGUCUAUUCAAAUACAAUGUAAAUAAUUUCCACGUAUUGUCCUAAUUUUAUUUAAACUUUAUAUUUGGAUAUUCAUUGCGGAUCUUUGACCAAA